UCCUCUGCGCAUUUGAGCAUAUUCUCCAAACCGAUCCCAUUUCUCCCACCCCACCUGCCAUGCUCUAAAUUCCCCCAAACCCAAACGCAUUCUGGGAGAUAUAUUGUGUAUCUUCUGGAGUUGGGUCUUGUUUCUUUUUGAUUCUUCACUUCUCUUUUUAGAUCGAAGCUGAAUUGAUUUUCAGGGUCGUUGUAAUUGCGCCUUUUAGGUAUAGAUUCACGAGAUGAGGAUUCUGUAAGCUUGAUGCUAAGGUGAUUGAUCAUGCACGGCCUUGUCUACUAGCUUCUGUGUUGCUGGGUUCUUGAAUAUGUGAUGGGGCACGUGUGAGGUCUGUGUUUACAGUAAAGAUGGCACUGAUGAUGGUUUCAUAGCAUUUUGCCAUUCAGAUGUUUGCUGAAGCCUAAUCUUAAGAUUGUCCUAAUUAGUGUAAGUUAACAAGUGUAGUAGUAGUUGAAUUAAUAGUAUUGGUGCAAAAAGGGUCUGUGGCUAGUGAUGGAGCAGAUACAUCUACUUCAUGGUCAAAGACAAAACCUCCAAACUCCUGGUCGUAAGUGCUCAACAAAUGGGUCCUCCAAAGAUCUGUGGCUGGCCGUGCAAGGAGGGUCUGUGGUUGAUGUGGAUUCAGCCUUGGUGUUACUGAAGAAAAAUGGAGGAAAUAUCAAUUCAAGAAACGCAUUUGGUCUUACUGCUCUUCAUAUUGCAACAUGGAGAAAUCACAUACCAAUUAUUAAAAGGCUACUAGCAGCCGGUGCAGACCCUAAUGCUAGGGACGGGGAAUCUGGAUGGAGUAGCCUUCACCGAGCUCUGCAUUUUGGUCAUUUGGCUGUGGCUAGCAUCCUUCUUCAAUCAGAAGCUUCGGUUGUGAUAGAGGACUCCAAGUCACGAACACCUGUGGAUCUCCUAUCUGGGCCUGUGCUACAGGCUAAUGGCAAUGGAGAUGGUUCAGUCGUAACGGAGUUGUACAGUUGGGGAAGUGGUGUUAAUUAUCAACUAGGGACCGGAAAUGCUCACAUACAGAAGUUACCAUGCAAAGUUGAUUCACUUCAUGGAUCUUCUAUCAAGUUUAUUUCUUCAGCCAAGUUUCAUAGUGUGGCUGUCAGUGCUCAGGGUGAGGUUUACACUUGGGGAUUUGGUCGGGGUGGUCGCCUUGGGCACCCUGAUUUCGACAUCCACAGUGGUCAGGCGGCUGUGAUAACUCCGAGACAGGUAACAUCAGGAUUAGGGGCUCGGCGGGUGAAGGCAAUUGCAGCGGCUAAACAUCAUACGGUUGCAGCCACAGAGGGUGGUGAGGUCUUCACCUGGGGUUCCAACCGAGAGGGUCAACUUGGUUAUCCAUCCGUUGAUACCCAAGCCACACCACGGAAGGUUAGCUCGUUGAAGUCAAAGAUAGUUGCGGUUGCUGCAGCAAACAAGCAUACUGCUGUAGUUUCUGAUUCGGGUGAGGUUUUCACUUGGGGUUGCAAUCGAGAAGGUCAGCUUGGUUAUGGGACUUCCAACUCGGGUUCAAAUUAUACCCCAAGGCUUGUUGAAUACUUGAAAGGAAAAGUUUUUAUCCGCACAUCUGCAGCCAAGUAUCACACCAUGGUUUUAGGAGCCGAUGGAGAGGUGUUUACUUGGGGUCACCGACUUGUCACUCCAAGGCGCGUUGUUGUUGCAAGGAUUACAAAAAUAAGUGGAAGCACUCCUUUAAAGUUUCAUCGCUCGGAACGGCUUCACGUGGUUGGAAUUGCUGCAGGGAUGAUACAUAGCAUGGCUCUUACACAUGAUGGUGCAUUGUUCUAUUGGGUGUCUUCUGAUCCCGAUCUCCGAUGUCAACAGUUAUAUUCACUUUGUGGGAAAAAUAUGGUAAGCAUAUCUGCCGGAAAAUACUGGACGGCUGGAGUUACAGCUUCCGGUGAUGUUUAUAUGUGGGAUGCAAAGAAAAGAAAAGAUGAACUGCCAGUCGUUACUCGGUUACGUGGUAUCAAACGGGCUACUUCAGUUUCAGUUGGAGAAACACAUCUAUUGGUGAUCAGUUCUCUCUAUCAUCCUCCAUAUUCUGUCAAGGCUUUCGAUACACCUCGGUGUUCAAAACCAAAACUAAGCGAUGAAUUAAGCGAGUUAGAUGAAGAUUUUGCUUACAAAGAUAUCAAGAUUGAUGAAGUGACGUCAAGUAUACAACGGGGUAAUGGCGAAAACAAGCAAGCACCAACGUUGAAAAGUCUAUGCGAGAAAGUGGCAGCAGAACAUUUGGUGGAGCCAAGAAAUGCUUUACAACUUCUUGAAAUUGCAGACUCGCUAGAGGCACAUGAUUUGAGGAAGCAUUGCGAGGAAAUUGUUAUACGUAAUCUUGACUACAUUCUUACUGUGUCGAUUCACUCAAUUGCUAGCGCUUCACUGGAUAUUUUAGUAAACCUUGAGAAAUUGUUGGAUUUGAAAUCAUCUGAAGCAUGGUGUCAUCGCCAGCUUCCAACCCCAACGGCCACUUUUCCUGCUGUUGUCAACAGCGAAGAGGAUGAUAGUGAAAAUGAGUUCUUCAGGACCCGUGAUAACAACAAUGGUGAAAAGAUGGAUUUACUGAAAGAAAGAAACCAAAGAUUUGAUAGCUUUCUACAACCAUACAACGUUGCAAAUCAAGAAAUUGGCAAACAAGUCCGAGCUUUAAGAAAAAAGUUGCAACAAAUUGAGAUAUUGGAGGAAAAACGGUCCAAGGGGUAUCAUCUUGAUAGCCAGCAGAUUAGCAAGCUUCAGAACAGGCCAAUUUUGGAGAACUCGCUCGUUGAGCUUGGUGUUCCUGUUGACACGAUUCAGGCAAAAUCAGCUUCUCCUGACGGCAUGGGAAAUAAGAAGGCAGAGGGAACCAAGAAACAGAGGAGAAAGAGCAGAAGAAGAUCGACACAAGGGGAAGAGGUGCCUGCUACCUAUGAAUCUGAUGCUAAAUUGAACACAGUAAAGGGUUUCUUGCCUUCUGAAGCUUCUCAAGCUCACCACAAGGAAAAAGAGAUAGAUGACAAGGGUAAAAUAGACAAGCUAGUUAUUGAGGGAUUGCCUGAUAACUUGAAGAAAGACUUUUCAUGCUCAAAAAGUAAGAAUCCAUCAUCACCUGCAUCAUCUAAGAAGAAGAACAGGAAAGGUGGGCUUUCUAUGUUUCUAAGUGGGGCUCUUGAUGACACCCCAAAGAUCAUUUCUCCUCCUCCUCCACCUACGCCCAAAAGCGAGGGCCCUGCAUGGGGCGGCGCCAAUAUUUCUAAGGGACCCACUUCUCUUCGUGAGAUACAGGAUGAGCAGGAAAAAACCAUAGGAAAUACAACCAUUGCUAGAAAGAAAGAUCAGUUGGAGGUUUCAACCGAUGUGAAAACUGGUGGGAAACUUCCAUUGAGUUCAUUUUUGCCAUCAAGCCCCAUUCCCAUGGGUCCGACUCAGGUGCCUGAUGCAGAAAGAAGCACCCCUCCGUGGGUAUCUUCCGGAACCCCACCUCUUGGUAGUCGCCCCUCUCUUAGGGGGAUUCAGUUGCAACAGGAGAAAAAACAACAGACAUUGUCGCACAGUCCUAAAACAAGAACCACUGGGUUUUGUGUGAACAGUGGUCAGGGUUCGCCAUCGGAUGCAGGUGGUUUGAACCGGUGGUUCAAGCCAGAGGUCGAAGCACCAUCUUCUAUACGGUCAAUUCAGAUCGAGGAGAAGGCUAUGAAGGACCUGAAGCGGUUUUAUAGCAAUGUUAAGAUUGUGAAGAACCAGUUCUAGAAGAUGUUUCAUUUUAACAUUGUUUCUGUAAAUCAAAGUGUAGAUAUUUCAUUGUACAUUAAUGGCAGCUUCCUUUAAUUCAUCUCUUUUAAGGUCGUAAAGAGCAUAAACCUUUUUAUACCAUUGAUUGGUUUUUUCUUGAUUUAUCAUUGUAUUUGUUAGGAAAGGAAAUUGGUAGUCUUUCAUAUAAUA